ACCGCUGCUUAACACAGUUAAGUUGGCAUUUGAAUGCUCCUGCUCUCUGUGAGCCACAAAGUGGGCGCGCACACGCAAAGCAAGCGGGCAUGGAGCGAACCAGUGGUAAGAAAAUGUGAAUCCCACCGCUGCUUAACACAGUUAAGUUGGCAUUUGAAUGCUCCUGCUCUCUGUGAGCCCUGAGAGAACAAAAUAUGAAAGAUCAAGCUGCAUUUCUGUUUCCCCUUCUUAUUUAUUUAUGCUUGGGGAAAACAACUGAAGACAUGAUUGCUCUAAUCCUUUUCUUACAAUCAUCAGUUUUUAUAUUCCAAUUUUAAUCUUUACUAUUCUGUUCCCUUGUAACUCACACCGAGAUAGACUGGUUUACCUCUUGGCUUUUUGACAACCUCAUGAUUAAGAAGGAAGUUACAUACUCUUAGCUUUGGCAGCUGCAGUAUAACACUUCCAUGAAUCUUGUUUUUCUUUAAAUAUAUCUAAACAGAACGGGAGCAGCAUGAAUGUAGCCUUUUUUCAUCUUUUUGCCUCAAAUCCUGUAACUUUGUUUAUUUCUAAGAUACUGCUUUUUAAUCUUGGGACAACAGUGUGAAGUAGAUAUUAACAAAUUUGGAUAAGAGUUUCAAUUUAUACAUAUAAUUUUUUAAUCUGUGUUUUUUAUAAUUAGACACAUGGCAUUCUCAUUGAAUACAAUCCUAAAUAUUGACAGUCUUAACAUAAAAUCAGAAAUCAGGUGUUUAAAAUUGACUGUGCAACUUCAAAUAGAAAGUUGAGAGAAAUCAUUAAAGGUAUGAGAAUUUCCCCCCAGCUCUUUAAUCCAAACAGAUCAUCUUGGACAGAUCAUCUUAGUCCUGUUGGAUUAUUCAUAAUUUCAUUUGUGUAUGCAGCCACAAAUGUCUCAUUCAAGAUACAGCUAUGCAUUCUCCUAUUCCAGUUUUGCACAGGUAUUUUACCUUUUUCAGAUGACUUCUAAAUUCUGUUUUUCUGUUUUAGGACGUUGUACCUCAAGCCUUGCUAGACCAGUAUUUAUCCAUGACUGAUCCCUCUCGAGCUCAGACUGUUGAUACCGAGAUUGCCAAACACUGUGCCUAUAGCCUUCCAGGGGUGGCACUUACCCUAGGUAGACAGAACUGGCACUGCCUGAAGGAUACCUAUGAGACUCUAGCUUCUGAUAUGCAGUGGAAAGUUCGAAGAACGUUAGCUUUCUCCAUACAUGAACUUGCAGUCAUUCUUGGAGAUCAGCUCACUGCAGGUGAUCUGGUUCCAGUCUUUAAUGGCUUCUUAAAAGAUCUCGAUGAAGUUAGGAUUGGUGUGCUUAAGCACCUACAUGAUUUUUUAAAGCUUCUUCAUCCUGAUAAAAGACGGGAGUAUCUUUACCAACUUCAGGAAUUCUUGGUCACAGACAAUAGCAGGAACUGGCGUUUUCGAGCAGAGCUUGCUGAGCAGCUGAUUUUGCUUCUUGAUCUGUAUAGUCCCAGAGACAUAUAUGAUUAUCUGCGACCUAUUGCCCUCAACCUUUGUGCAGACAAGGUUUCUUCUGUUCGAUGGAUUUCCUACAAGCUGGUUAGUGAAAUGGUAAAGAAGCUGUACAAUGCUCCAACACCAACAUUUGUGAUUGAUCUUAUGAAUGAACUGAUUGAAAGAUUCUGCAGAUGUCCAAAGUGGUCUGGUCGACAAGCAUUUGUCUUUAUUUGCCAGACUAUUAUAGAAGACGACUGCCUUCCAAUGGAUCACUUUGCUGAGUAUCUACUGCCCCAUUUGCUACACUUGGCCUCAGACAGAGUUCCAAACGUUAGAGUCCUGCUUGCAAAGACCUUAAGACAAACACUUCUAGAAAAAGAAUACUUUCUGAUGUGUGUUAAUUCCCAUCAAGAAGCUGUAGAACAGACAAUCGUGGCCCUCCAGAUGGAUAAUGACAAUGAUGUCAAGUAUUUUGCAAGCAUCCACCCGGCCAGUACCAAAAUUUCUGAUGAUGCUAUGAGCACAGCCUCUUCAACUUACUAAAAGUAGUUCCUGAAUGUUGGUAUAAUUUUAAUAAAAGAGAACAAACAUUACAAAAUUGUAGGCAAUCGUCAAGUGCUCCUAACAUGGAUUACUGAAACCUCUUUUCCACGGAGAGAAUAUCUUGCCAGACUUAACUUCAGUUGGAUGUUAUCUAAAUCUGAGAUCAAGAAUUUUGGAGUCAAGGAAAACCCGUUAUGUGUGGAAUCUUGACUCUAGAAAAAUUUUACUCAGAGGAUUGUAUUUGUCACCAGAGCCUUAAAUCUUCUGUCUUCCUGAAUAUGUGAAACUUGAAUUGUCUGAGCAUUUUCAGUGUAGAAAGGGAGUGAUUUCCAGAGACUGUCAUUUGUUUUCUGUCAAAGAGUUACCUUAGCAAACUCUUUCUUAGGAACCAAUAGCUGGCGGAUUUAUACCGAGAAGCAAAGAAGCUGUCUCCAGUAUUGGCUAUUAAAGUUUUUAAUCUUUGAAAAGACUUACAUUUGUGUGCAACUGGGCACACCCUUAAGUGUGAAUAGUUUUGAUGUGUGUAAAUGAGGGAAAAGUAGAAGUUUGGUGUUUUGUUUUUCUCACCUCAAGGAUUCAGUGCCAACAUUAAACCACAAUCUGAUUUUAACCCUUAAAACACAGCAUAUUGCUGUGUCUGUAAACAAAAAUCUAUGCUGAAUACCUGUGUCCUGAUAUUUGAUUUUUUUUUCAUGCUGGUCAUGACCUGAAGGAAAUCUAAUAGCACAUGUACUUCAAGUCAGGUAUUUUAAACUUGAUCAUGAUCGGUUCUGAGGUGCAACUUUUUCUUCAUAUACUGUACAUAUCUUGGACCACUCGUGGGAGUGCAGUCUUGAAUCAUGCUAUUUCAAACUGUUGUGAUAACAUGUUCUUUCCUUCUCAGAAUAAAAAUAAUAUUAAUAAG